UGUAGAAGGUUGUGGCGAAGCGAAGCAUUCUUGGGAAUAUCACACGAGGAACGAGUGAGGAGGACCAGAAGCCUGCCCGUGACCUACCAUGGUGCCCCGUGCCCUGCUGCCCUCCCCGAUGCUGGCGGCUCAUCAGCCCGCGUCGGAGGAGCUACCCGCAGACUAGUCCUGAGCGGCAUGGCGGCGCAGGAACGUGGACCGGUGACCAGACUGAGCCAUGGAUGCCUUGUUCGUCUGGGACUGAGGCCCGACGGCUCCCUGUGUGCUCCAGAUGACGCAAAAAAAGCUGCACAGGGCACCCCUCCAGGCCAUCGGUGUGUGUGUGGAGAAAAACGGUCAUCCGAUCGUACGGGUUUCACGCAAGCGUUCAAAGUGUGGGUAAAGACACAUAUCAAACGCCUCAGUGACACGAUGGCAACGUCAUCUGGUGGAGGCUCAAGCAGCGGCAGGGACCCUAUUGAGUGCCGCCUCCACCGGCAAAGUGACCCCUGCCAGGAGUGUAGUGUAAUGUCCGGCGCGGGCUCCGUUACUACAUCAUCAUCCACGCAUACUUAUAGUUUUGGCAAUUGUUACGACACGGCGAAACGUGUCACGAGCGCAACAACGAACCAGCGAUGUUCAAAUACUCGUUAUACCGCAAGAGACUCAACCUUAAACGCUCAGCGACGACCCGGCCGCCAAAACAGGUCGUUUGGGCAGCACCUGGUCCUCCGAGCAGGUAGCGGAGGGAGCAGCUUUGAGAGACGAGCCAUGCUGGUGGUGGUGGCCAUGAUGGUGGGCUCCUGCCAUGCCUACCCCACUCUGCCUCCACUCUCCUCCUCCCCCACCAGGGCGCCACACACAGCUCAAGAACCACCAAGGAAAGAUCUGCGGGUAUGCUGCGACGGCGAGGCCACGAAGCUGCGGCCGACCAACGUGACGGUGGUGCGGACGUCGCCGACCUCUGUGCUGGUCACCUGGACGCGCCCGAGCAUCCAGCCCCUCAAGUACGAGAUCACCUACAAGCCCACCAACGCCAAGUACCGCGUGGUGGCCGAGGUGAAGGCGCCCCUGAAGAGCGUGACGCUGGAGCGCCUGCUGCCCCUCACCCAGUACCAGGUGUUCGUCACCACCGUCAUCAACAACACUACCGUCUGGACGUCGCCCAUCGUCACCUUCCGCACCUCCAUAGAGGACCCCAACGCUCCAGGCAACGGGACGGUCAGGAUCUUCAGCACCCCGACCAUCCUGGAGGACGUGGGCUUGGACGAUGUGGGGUCCUCGGUCAGCGAUAGAAAGAUAGGCCACGUGAGGGUCCGCGCCGAGGAGGUGGGAAUCGUGUUGCUGGUGCUCGCCGUGUGGAUGUUCGCUAUUGCUCUCUUCUUCAACAGGUGGGGGAAAAUCCGAAUGCUGGAGCCAUACCAAGAGCCGUACAAGGAGGCGCCCCAACAGCUACUGCAGCACCGGCCGUCGUGCCCCAUGGCGGACCAGUGUACCAUCCCCAUCAACUCCCUGAAGCGUCCCUCCCUUACCCACACCCAGAUGGAGUACCUGGGGCACCGUCGGCCCCGCCAGAACUCAGUCUUCGUGGGGCGGUCCCGAUCCCACAGCCUGGAGGUCCAUCCACCCCGCCGGGUGAAAAGUGCCCUCAACCUCACCACGCUGGUGCUGCAGGAGAGCGAGGAGGAGGGCGCCAUGGCCACCACCUUCACCUAGCUCUCCUGGCACCGCUUUCCUCACCGUCUGGACGGGCGGUUACGUCACCAGGUAGAUGCUUUUUCAUCUUCAAGACAACUCCAUCACAACAUUCAGCCGGAAUAUUGAAAGGAUACUUCACAAUUACAGUAUUCACUCGGUUGUUUUGGUGAAGAGUAGCGAGUUACAUUCUACUUCAUCGAUGGACAAUGGGUGGUGACAAUAGGCGAAUAAUUACUUAAGGUGUUAACAUAUACAAAACACAGAUCAAACACACACCUACGCCAUUUGCGUAGAUUUUCUUCCUUCAGAUGUAUGGAAACACUUUUAUGCUGUGAUGAACGCUUGGCGGUGAAACUACAAUCCCGCGGCGAUGACUGAGACGAGGGCCGUGAAGGCGUCGGGAGAUGCAACGGCGACCACGGACAUGAACAAUGUCGAGUGGUUGCCGGUGACGAAGACUUGUAAUUAUUCCGACGAUGGAGAUUGAAAGAACAAAACCAUCGUACUAAUAGCUCAUCUUCUCUAAAACCAUAAAUCAACUCAACUACCCGCUUUCUUAAACCUCUGCAUUUAUAUAGACAAACUCAUACACCCACAUAAAACAUACAUAGAAUUAUGUACGUACACACACACACACACACACACACACACACACACACACACACACACACACACAUACAUACAUACAUACAUAC